CCCUCCACCCCCUCCCCUCCUCCUCCUCCUCCUCUUUCUCCAAAUGGAGAGAGUUCUUUUUUUUCUUCUUCCAUCUCAUCUAUUGAGUCAAGGAGCUGCUGCGGCCGCUGCCCGCUGCACACACACAGAGCGGAGUCCCCAGGUCCCGGGAGCGAGAGAGGCGCGCGGCGCGGGGGCAGAAUGGUCCAGCGGGUCGGUGAGGAGAACAAGAAAGCAGAGUCCGGGACCGAGCAGCCACCGCGAACCCAGCAGCCCGAGAGCGAGCAGCCGCUUCGGAAGCCUCCACCGCCAGCCCCAGCCGCAGCCCCGGGAGCGGCGGCAGCCCCGGCCCGGCACCGCUGAGACCCGCCGGGCACCGUCGCGUCGCCGGCAGCAGGCGCCGAGGGAGCCGGCGCGGGCGGCGGGGGUCUGCGCGCGCCUUCUGCCGUGAAGGGGUCGCGGCGCGGGGCGGGGACGUCUGGGGGGGACUUGGGGACCGCGAGGCGCGCCCUGGAACCGCCGGCUCUCGCCCUCCCGCGAGCUGGAUGUGGGCAGCGGCGGCCGCAGAGACCUCGGGACUCACGCGCAAUGUGGCAAUGGAAGGCGCAGGGUCUGAGUCCCCGGCGGCGGCCGCGGCCGCAGCGCCCGCAGCGCCCGCCGUGUGAGCGGCAGCGGCGGCUCUGUCACCCGGAGCCGGAGAGCCCGGCGGCCAGCAGCGUCCUCGCCAGCCGAGCGCCCAGGCGCGCCCGGAGCCCGCGGCGGCGGCGGCAACAUGGCCUCGGCUGCUAACGCCGCCGGGGCCCUGAGCGGGCAGGCCGGCGGCGGGAGGCGCAGACGGACCGGGGGGCCGCGCCGCGCCGCGCCGGACCGGGACUAUCUGCACCGGCCCAGCUACUGCGACGCCGCCUUCGCUCUGGAGCAGAUUUCCAAGGGGAAGGCUACUGGCCGGAAAGCGCCGCUGUGGCUGAGAGCGAAGUUUCAGAGACUGUUAUUUAAACUGGGUUGUUACAUUCAAAAGAACUGCGGCAAGUUUUUGGUUGUGGGUCUCCUCAUAUUUGGGGCCUUCGCUGUGGGAUUAAAGGCAGCUAAUCUCGAGACCAACGUGGAGGAGCUGUGGGUGGAAGUUGGUGGACGAGUGAGUCGAGAAUUAAAUUAUACCCGCCAGAAGAUCGGAGAGGAGGCCAUGUUUAAUCCUCAACUCAUGAUACAGACUCCGAAAGAAGAAGGUGCUAACGUCCUGACCACAGAGGCGCUCCUGCAGCACCUGGACUCGGCACUCCAGGCCAGCCGUGUGCACGUCUAUAUGUAUAACAGGCAAUGGAAGUUGGAACAUUUGUGCUACAAAUCAGGGGAACUUAUCACAGAAACAGGUUACAUGGAUCAGAUAAUAGAAUACCUUUACCCUUGCUUAAUCAUUACACCUUUGGACUGCUUCUGGGAAGGAGCAAAGUUACAGUCGGGGACAGCAUACCUCCUAGGUAAGCCUCCUUUACGGUGGACAAACUUUGACCCCUUGGAAUUCCUCGAAGAGUUAAAGAAAAUAAACUACCAAGUGGACAGUUGGGAGGAAAUGCUGGAUAAAGCUGAAGUUGGCCAUGGGUACAUGGACCGGCCCUGCCUUAACCCAGCCGACCCGGACUGCCCUGCCACAGCCCCCAACAAAAAUUCAACCAAACCUCUUGAUGUGGCCCUUGUUUUGAAUGGUGGAUGUCAAGGUUUAUCCAGGAAGUACAUGCAUUGGCAGGAGGAGUUGAUUGUGGGUGGCACAGUCAAGAAUGCCUCUGGAAAACUCGUCAGUGCUCACGCCCUGCAGACCAUGUUCCAGUUAAUGACGCCCAAGCAAAUGUAUGAACACUUCAGGGGCUACGACUACGUCUCUCACAUCAACUGGAACGAGGACAGGGCGGCAGCCAUCCUGGAGGCGUGGCAGAGGACCUAUGUGGAGGUGGUUCAUCAAAGUGUUGCCCCAAACUCCACUCAAAAGGUGCUUUCCUUCACCACCACGACCCUGGAUGACAUCCUAAAGUCCUUCUCUGAUGUCAGUGUCAUUCGAGUGGCCAGCGGCUACCUGCUGAUGCUUGCCUAUGCCUGUUUAACCAUGCUGCGCUGGGACUGCUCCAAGUCCCAGGGUGCCGUGGGGCUGGCUGGUGUCCUGCUGGUUGCAUUGUCAGUGGCUGCAGGACUGGGCCUCUGCUCCCUGAUCGGGAUUUCCUUUAAUGCUGCGACAACUCAGGUUUUGCCAUUUCUUGCUCUUGGUGUUGGUGUGGACGACGUCUUUCUCCUGGCACAUGCGUUCAGUGAAACAGGACAGAAUAAAAGGAUUCCAUUUGAGGACAGGACCGGGGAGUGCCUCAAGCGCACAGGAGCCAGCGUGGCCCUUACCUCCAUCAGCAAUGUCACUGCCUUCUUCAUGGCUGCGUUAAUCCCUAUUCCUGCGCUGCGCGCCUUCUCCCUCCAGGCUGCUGUGGUUGUGGUAUUCAAUUUUGCCAUGGUGCUUCUCAUUUUCCCUGCAAUUCUCAGCAUGGAUUUAUACAGACGUGAGGACAGAAGAUUGGACAUUUUCUGCUGUUUCACAAGCCCCUGUGUCAGCAGGGUGAUUCAGGUCGAGCCACAGGCCUACACGGAGCCUCACAGUAACACCCGUUACAGCCCCCCACCCCCCUACAGCAGUCAUAGCUUCGCCCACGAAACACACAUCACCAUGCAGUCCACUGUCCAGCUUCGCACAGAGUACGACCCUCACACACACGUGUACUACACCACCGCUGAGCCGCGCUCGGAGAUCUCUGUCCAGCCCGUCACCGUCACCCAGGACACUCUCAGCUGCCAGAGUCCUGAGAGCACCAGCUCCACCCGGGACCUGCUUUCCCAGUUCUCGGACUCCAGCCUCCACUGCCUUGAGCCUCCCUGCACCAAGUGGACACUCUCCUCAUUUGCUGAGAAGCAUUAUGCACCUUUCCUCUUGAGACCCAAAGCCAAGGCUGUGGUAAUCCUCCUUUUCCUGGUCUUGCUGGGGGUCAGCCUUUACGGGACCACCCGAGUGAGAGACGGACUGGACCUCACGGACAUUGUCCCCCGGGAAACCAGAGAAUAUGACUUCAUAGCUGCACAGUUCAAAUAUUUUUCUUUCUACAAUAUGUAUAUAGUUACCCAGAAAGCAGACUACCCAAAUAUCCAACACCUACUUUACGACCUUCAUAAGAGUUUCAGCAAUGUGAAGUAUGUCAUGCUGGAGGAGAACAAGCAACUUCCCCAAAUGUGGCUGCACUACUUCAGAGACUGGCUCCAAGGGCUUCAGGAUGCAUUUGACAGUGACUGGGAAACUGGGAGGAUCAUGCCAAACAAUUACAAAAAUGGAUCGGAUGACGGGGUCCUUGCCUACAAACUCCUGGUACAGACUGGCAGCCGAGACAAGCCCAUCGACAUUAGUCAGUUGACUAAACAGCGUCUGGUGGAUGCAGAUGGCAUCAUUAAUCCCAGCGCUUUCUACAUCUACCUGACGGCUUGGGUCAGCAACGACCCCGUAGCUUACGCUGCCUCCCAGGCCAACAUCCGGCCGCACCGACCAGAGUGGGUCCACGACAAAGCCGACUACAUGCCAGAGACCAGACUGAGAAUACCAGCAGCAGAGCCCAUCGAAUACGCUCAGUUCCCUUUCUACCUCAACGGCCUACGAGACACCUCAGACUUUGUGGAAGCCAUUGAAAAAGUGAGAAUCAUCUGUAACAACUACACAAGUCUGGGACUGGCCAGCUACCCCAAUGGCUACCCCUUCCUGUUCUGGGAGCAGUACAUCAGUCUGCGCCACUGGCUGCUGCUAGCCAUCAGCGUGGUACUGGCCUGCACGUUUCUGGUGUGCGCAGUCUUCCUGCUGAACCCCUGGACGGCUGGGAUCAUUGUCAUGGUCCUGGCUCUGAUGACCGUUGAGCUCUUCGGCAUGAUGGGCCUCAUUGGGAUCAAGCUGAGUGCUGUACCUGUGGUCAUCCUGAUUGCGUCCGUCGGCAUUGGAGUGGAGUUCACCGUUCACGUGGCCUUGGCCUUUCUGACAGCCAUUGGUGACAAGAACCACAGGGCUAUGCUUGCCCUGGAGCACAUGUUUGCUCCUGUUCUGGACGGCGCUGUGUCCACUCUUCUGGGGGUACUAAUGCUUGCAGGGUCCGAAUUUGACUUCAUUGUCAGAUACUUCUUUGCCGUCCUGGCUAUUCUCACCGUCCUGGGGGUUCUCAAUGGACUGGUUUUGCUGCCCGUACUCUUGUCCUUCUUUGGACCAUGUCCUGAGGUGUCUCCAGCCAAUGGCCUAAACCGGCUGCCCACCCCUUCACCUGAGCCGCCCCCGAGUGUCGUCAGGUUUGCGGUGCCUCCCGGUCACAUGAACAAUGGGUCUGAUUCCUCCGACUCCGAGUACAGCUCUCAGACCACGGUGUCUGGCAUUAGUGAAGAGCUCAGGCACUACGAAGCACAGCGGGGUGCUGGAGGUCCUGCCCACCAAGUGAUUGUGGAAGCCACAGAAAACCCCGUCUUCGCCCGGUCCACUGUGGUCCAUCCAGAAUCCAGACAUCAUCCUCCCUUGAACCCUCGGCAGUCCCACCUGGACUCUGACUCCUUGUCCUCUGGACGGCAAGGCCAGCAGCCUCGAAGGGAGCCCCCCAGAGAAGGCUUGCGGCCACCUCCCUACAGACCGCGCAGAGACGCUUUUGAAAUUUCUACUGAAGGGCAUUCCGGCCCUAGCAAUAGGGACCGCUCAGGCCCCCGUGGGGCCCGUUCCCACAACCCUCGGAACCCGACAUCCACCGCCACGGGCAGCUCUGUGCCCAGCUACUGCCAGCCCAUCACCACUGUGACAGCUUCUGCUUCUGUGACUGUCGCUGUGCACCCUCCACCUGGGCCUGGGCGCAACCCUAGAGGGGGGCCCUAUCCGGGUUAUGAGACUGACCACGGGGUGUUCGAGGACCCCCAUGUGCCUUUCCAUGUCAGGUGUGAGAGGAGGGGCUCGAAGGUGGAGGUCAUAGAGCUGCAGGACGUGGAAUGUGAGGAGAGGCCGUGGGGGAGCAGCUCCGACUGAGGGUAAUUAAAAUCUGAAGCAAAGAGGCCAAAGAUUGGAAAGCCCCGCCCCCCCCUUUCCAGAACUGACUGCUUGAAGACAACUGCUUGGAAUUGUGGGAAAGCAGUUCAUUGUUACUGUAACUGAUUGUAUUAUUUUGUGAAAUAUUUCUAUAAAUAUUUAAGAGAUGUACACAUGUAAUAUACAUGGAAAUGCUGUACAGUCUAUUGCCCAGGGCCUCUCCACUCCUGCCCCAGAGUCGGGAGACCCCGGGGGGUCCUUCCCUCUGUGUGCAUUGGUCUCUGUGCUGCCACCAAGCUUAACUUAGUCUUUAAACUCUCCCAGCAUACGUCGCUGCUGCUUAAAUAUUGUAUAAUUUACCUGUAUAAUUCUAUGCAAAUAUUGCUGUGUAAUAGGAUUAUUUGUAAAGUUUUCUGUUGAAGAUAUUUUAAAUUUGCAUAUCACAACCCUGUGGUAGGAUGAAAUGUUACGUUAACUUUCGAACACGCUAUGCGUGGUAAUUGUUUUAAGAGCAGACAUGAAGAAAACAGGCUGAUCCCAGUGGCUUCUCUAGGGCUAGUUUUGUGCGGUCCUCGUGGGCAUGUGUGUGGACAUGGGACUUUUCCAAUGUACUGUACUGUGAUUAUUUUGUUGUUCUUUUUGUUUGUUUAUUUGUUUCUCUUUGCUUUGUGUGACCUUAGCUCCUGCCUCCCUGAGCUGGGAAGGGCCAGGUCUCUCUCCAUUGUGAUGCUGUGGGAGGGUGCCCAGUAAUCUGUCUUAAUCUCAUCUCUGGGAGUAUCCAAGAGGAGCCAGACUUGCUUCAUGCCUGUGGCAGCCCUGAGGUCAUGAGUGGCCAGCCCUCCCGGCCCCUCUCUCUACUUCCAAGAGUAUGCUCUCACAGAUCAUAGUGUUGGCCGAUAGUUACCAGUUAUACCACAUGGCCUGGUGGUGAGUCUCAGCUGGGUCGGGAGAUUGCACUUCAGGGAAGUGUGGUUGGACCUUUCUUGAUGGUCAACACAUGCACACAGCCUCCUAUCCCAUAUCCCAGAUAUAGGCAUUAAAAAAAUAUAUAUAUUUCAGUCAAGGUCUGUAUUCAAGUUUUUACAACUGUGAGUCCCUCUCUUGAAAAAUUGACUGCCUGGCUGGGGCAUGCUAACAGUGUUGCGGUGAGCUAAGUGGGGAUGAGCUUCCGGGGACUCUUCCGCAUGUGCCUGUCCUGUGCGUCCUUCCUUCCCUUCUCCACUGUUAGCAUUUAUCCAGUGAGAUGUCUAUGUACGAGCAGGAAGAGGCCACCCCAUAGAAGUGUAUAGAGAAAGCUCUUUGAACCUGGUGUUGGAUUGCAAAGUUUGAUCCUGUUCUCCUUCUGUGAGGUUUUGGCCUUUGCCUCUGGCCAGAGACUAGUAAAUAGGGAAGCAAUGUCCUUGUCCUUCCCCAGUAAGCCCUGAGAAAUUAUCUCAGAAGAAGGAAGCUAGAGCCUAUGGAAGGUGACAAGCACGCUCUGCGUGCAGCUUCCCUGAAUCCCUCCUGUCUUUCAUGGAACAAUUUAAGGCGAUGGGCCCCUCAUAAUACCAGCAGUCUAGUGACCUCAGACCCGAAAACUUAUACGCCAAACUGUAAGGUCCUAACUAGAAGCCACCCCUGGCUACCAAGUGUGUGUGUCUAUGUCUCUGUGUGUUGUGUGUAAGUAUGCUGGAGGCCCUGGCUGCCCACUGCUACUGUCUAAAUGCCUGUCAAGCCACUGUCUGCCUGCCAACACCAGCUCUGCUCAGACAGCUUGAAUGCUGAGUUGAGGAGGGAGAUGGAGAAUUCUGAAGGCACUUCCCUGUGGUUCUUGGUUGUGUCCCUGACCCCUGAGCCUCGCUUUUGUGGCAAAAGCAAGUUUGUACAGCCCCUUGGCUUCUGUGCAUGAUGAAUUACAUCAGCCAAGGCAGGAAGGACACAGAGCUGGCAGGAGACUACAGUCUCAGAGUGUGAGAGAGAGAGAGUGUGUGUGUCUCAUAGUUUUAUUUUGUCUGUAUUGUUUGUUCAUUUGGAUGUUUUAAUUUUUAAAAGAGAAGAUCUUUGCUGAUAUUUAUAAUUUUGUAUCAUAAGAAUGUCCUCCAGAAUUUGUCAUGCCAGUUUAUAACAACAACAAAAGAAAAAAAUGCAGGGAUUUUAUUUCUAUUGGAAACACUAUUGCAGUUAUGUUUUACUUUUGAACAGAAGUUUUAUUUGUAUAGAGUGCUUACUAAUGUUAAAUAGUUCAGAGUAUAUAACAUUUCCAUUAUGGACUCAUGGUAGAUUUUAGUGUAAGGAGUUUAAAGGAAAUAAAUAUUCAAACUGGGUCUUGUCUGCCAAUUUGGGUGGAAAUGAGUUUGUGUCAUUUCAAUUACAAAGAUGAAAGUAUGCCAUAUAAUUUAUUUAUAUGAAAAUUUAUUUUUGUAGUGUACAUAGUAGUCAUCAAGUCUUUUGACAGAAGUAUAUUUUUAAAGAAUUUAUAUGUGAUAAAAUCCAUAAUGUCUGGAACUUUGCUGAGACAUGAGUGUGAGGACACAUUUCGUUGUAAAUGACAGCAAGGAAGAGACUAUGUUUAACAGUGUUAAGAGAGUACAAGUGAGCAGCUGUUCCUGUGAUUGGGAAGUGUUGAUGUGAGCAUUGUGACCUAGUGCGGUUCUCAGAUGAAAAUGUACAAAACUCUCUAAAUAUUAAUGUUCAAACACUGAUAGAAAUUCUAACAUGAAUAAAGAUAAUAUAACUUGUUGGUUUA